GACCAUUGUCAACAUGUUCAACAAGUUUUUAAUAGACUUAAAGAAGCAGGAUUAAAAAUUAAGCCAAGCAAACAUACCUUUGCUGUCAACGAAGUUAGCUACUUAGGACAUAUUGUAGGUAGUAAUAGAAUCAAACCUGACUAG